GACAAGCACGAGAAGGCGCUGCUGGGCAACGUCGUCGCGCCGUCGGACGUCGCGGUGACGUACGACAUGAUCGGAGGAUUGGACGCGGCCAAGACCGCGCUCCGCGAGGCCAUCACCUACCCCUUGAAGUACCCGGCGCUCUACGAGGAGGGCGUCGCGCGCGAGGCCUGCAAGGGCGUGCUGCUCUUCGGCCCGCCGGGCACGGGCAAGACGAUGCUCGCCAAGGCCGUCGCGACGGAGGGCGGCGCGUCGUUCCUCGCGGUGGACGCGUCGGCCAUCGAGAACAAGUGGCUCGGCGAGUCGGAGAAGAACGCCAAGGCCGUGUUUUCCCUGGCGCGGAAGCUCGCGCCCUGCGUCGUCUUCUUCGACGAGAUCGACGCGGUGCUGUCGUCGCGGGAAGGCGGCGACGACACGAGCCACGGCACGUUGACGUCCGUCAAGACGACGCUCAUGCAGGAGUGGGACGGCCUCAAGACGACGCGGGACCGCGUCGUGGUGAUCGGCUCGACGAACCGGCCCUACGACCUCGACGAGGCCGUGCUCCGGCGGCUGCCGCGGCGCGUCUUGGUCGACCUCCCCGACAAGGCGUCGCGCCGCGCGAUCCUCGACGUGACGCUGGCGCGGAACCGCCUGGAUGCGUCCGUGGACCUCGACGGCGUCGCCGCGAAGCUCGAGGGCUACAGCGGCAGCGACUGCAAGGAGGUGUGCCGCGAGGCCAUCCACGCGGACGAAUUGGAAGCGACCGCUUUGACGGACGACCUCAAGGCCAAGUGCGCCGCGGCGCUGGACCCGCCGAAGCUCCGCGAGGCCCGCGCGGCCGACUUCGAGGCGGCCAUCGCGAAGCUCUCGUCGUCCGUCGCGGACUCGGGCCCGGAGAUGGCCAAGGUCCUCGAGUGGAACGCGCAGUACGGCGAGGUCAAGAAGCGGACCAAGGCCGCCCAGAGC